AUGGCUCGUGGCGGCCGCGGCGGCCCGAUACGGCGGGCCUCUGCAAGCUUCGCGCUGGACGUGCCUGCUCCUCCUGCACCUACGCGAAGGAGAUCUGGCAGGACAAAAACACCAAGCAUAUUCACGGAUACCGACGAUACUGAUUUGAAACCUGGAGCGGGCGAGAGAUUUACUGAGAAGUCGGGGACUAGGGACGGCCAAAACCAGCAGCCGCGGACUCGGUUCACCAUCGACCCUGAGGGCGAACUUACACACGAUGAGACGAGCGUGGAUGUCGUCACGGUGCCGUGUCCCGGCGGGCAUCCCCUGCGGAGCUGGAACCGAGAUGGCCUCAUGGGACGAUACUUUGGCGCGCCGUCGAUGCGGGAUGUGGAGGUCCAUGAGGUGGAGCGACAGGGCCCGUCGUGGGUGAGGCAGGGCAUUCGGCGAGAGGCCAAUAGGGCGAGGAUCUUGCUGUACGAGCACCCGGAGGUUGUGGAUGGCAUGACGCUGAAUAAGCUGGCGGUUGCGCUGCUGGAUGAGCUGAAGGAGCUGAGGGCGAGGGAGAAGCGGGAGAGGCCGCUGUUGUUUAUUGGGCAUAGUAUUGGGGGGUUGGUGGUGAAGAUGGCGUUGGUGAGGGCGAGUCGGGAGGCGAAGUAUGAGGGGAUAUUGAGGGAGUGUUAUGGCGUUGCCUUCUUUGGAACGCCGCAUCAAGGAUCCAGUUACUUUGCCAUGCCUACUCUCGCGUCGAGCAUCCAGCAGCUAUUACAACUUUCAACCCCGUUGCCGGCAUCUCUUACGGAUGAUUUACGCAUGGCCAACCACUUACUCCUUCAUGUGGACGAGGACUUCAAAAUCAUAUCCGACGAUCUCCGCGUAUGGACCUUUUACGAGACAAUCGAUUCUCGACUGUCGGCCAACUCGGGAGACAUCUAUUUCACGGCCCCCCUGACAUCCAUCAAGUCUGCCAUUCUUGGGAUGCGUCAGGAGCGCAUUUUCCCCUUGCAGGGCGACCAUGCCAACAUUGCGUCCUUUGGGAGACACAACGUGCACACGCUGCGGCUCUUCUUACGCCAGCUGGCGGAGCAUAUCGAAAAGGCAGAUUCCAAUGCCCGGGAGGAUGCGAGGGCGGGGAAAUGGAUGCUCAACUUGGAGCAGAAGGUGACGGUGGAGGUUCAUGGCUUUUUUGACGAUGCGGGGAUUGAUGAUGGGACGGUGAGGGCCUGGUCGACGAGGCUGCCGCUGAGGGAGUUUAUGAGUAAAGGCCCGGAGGCAUGUCUGAGUGAGAGGCUGAAUGAGUCGGAGGGUCCGCCUGAGGAGAGCAGAUUUCUUGCUAUGAGAGGGAGGACGGGCUUGGUGGACAUGGAGGGACCACCCGAGGUUGUUGAGUUUCCUCCGGAUCCUAUGACGGUAAAGAAUGCCCUUGGUAUUGAUCAGGAUAUGGUUCCUUCGGUUGACCAAACUGCUGCCCUUCCUUCGGUAUUGCCGGUGCCGCCGCCGUCGCCCAUGCUUCUACCAGUUGACCCUCCAAUAGGCCUAUCAAGGCCUAGAAAGAGUACAGAAUCCGCACCGUCAGCGAUACGUUCACGGCCUGCAGCAGCUGCGCUUUCGACGCCUCCUUCUCGGCCCAUCUCGCUGCCUCCUCAGCAAACUUCAGCUUUUCGAAAACCCUCGCCCCUUAUGCGGGCGAGCUUAGACCAGGAGCUCGCCAUUGAUCGUCUUUCGCCUCCUUUGCGAGGUAGGGUAGGGCGAUCCUUCAGCCGGUCUAUGAGUCUGGACAGUGACAUUGGCGGCGCAUCAUCUCCCCCUCGGUAUCGUGGCUUUCCUCCUUUAUCAGCGCGAAGUCGAAGUACGUUUGACAGGGCUCUGAUUGGAGAUGAGAAUGAUAGCGAUGACGAUGACGACGACGGUGGGCUGGAGGGGUCUCCGAAACUGCCUGAGAGCGUUCUUGCGAUUCGGAAGAUGGCAAAGGAGAGGGGCCACAGGCUGAGCGAAACUGUGAUUGUGGAUGACGGGGUGGUGGUUCAUACUGCGUUUAUGAAGCCGGAGGCCAAGGCGAGGAAGUUUGUUUGGAUUCAUUUGCCGUUUAAUAACCCUACUUGGGUGACUGCUGUUCUUCAGACGUUGCAGGUUUCCUACCAGAGGGACUUUUCAGCUCUGUCGAAUCAUGAUUUUUGGGUGAGGAGACAUACGCGUGGAAGGCACUCGCAGCAUUAUGCGCAUUUUGCGAAGCCGGGGUGUUACUUUACAGCGCCUCGAACGUUAUCUCCAAGGGCUCAUUCAGUGACCAGCCGCUCCCUUUCACCACCUGGUGAGGACGACCAGAUGUAUGUUUGUCUGUUUCUCCCAUACCUGCACUUUGACUCGUACAAGAGACUCAUUCGCCGACGCGAACUCAUUGCGAAGCGGUUGGCUCAUGGGAGGGCCAGGCCCGUCCCUGAAUCUGUUGCCAAGUCGGAUUCCCUGGAACUACAAGUUGUCUGGGAGUUCUUGGGGCAUGACCCGCCAAUUAACUGCCGACGCACGCUGGACCAAUAUGGGUACCCAUCGAUUAGAGAUACACGGUCUCGGGAUGACGACCAAAUGCUGUACAAGUUGACAAAGGAAAGAUAUUACGACGUGGCUGAAUACAGGGGAUUGUAUAGCCAGACUUCGGGCAGUGGCUCCGCAUCAGGAGAAAGCAGUAAUAAAAGCGGAAAUGGGAGCGGGACUGGAAGUGGAAAUGCUGGUGGAAGCAGAACAGGGAGCUGGCGGGAGAGGCUCAACAAACAGAAUGGCGGCGAGAACGGGGAUGAAGAGGCUGAGAAGGACGUGCUGAAUGGGAAUGUGCUGAUGGUGGAUCAGUUAUGGAUCUGGACUAUUUCAACUCAUACGCUGCUUUCAUUCUUUCCCAAGCGUGAGAGCGAUCCUAUCGAGGGGCCAUUGUACCAACAGGCAGAUUUGCGUGAUAGCAUCUUCAACGAUGUCAAUGUAGAUCUCACGCGCCUCUGUGAUAGCUCUUUGGAUUUGGCGGCACUAGCAGCUCUGCAUGCGGUGAGUGUUCUUCUGGACAGAGCUUCUCAUCCCGAUUUGGAGGUCUUUCGCAUCUUUGAAGAAGCCAUCAGCGUCUUGACUGAGAAACUUACCACAUCUCUCAAAGAGUUCCGCUCAGAGGGGUUUCGUGACAAGGCUUUUGACUAUGAGCCUGUCGAGAAUAAAGCUCGCUCGAUUCGGGAACGUCAUAAACAAGAAGGUCGACGAGCCGAACAGGAGAAUAGGGAUAACACUUCGGCGUUAUUGGAGCUGCGAGAUAUUGAGGACGAAUUGGCAACUCUACUGGGUCUCUUUGAGAGACAGACUAAAGUGAUUUCAUCGAUGCACACAAUCUAUAAUCGCCCCGAGAUGAGAGCUCACACGGUCCAUGGAAGAGGAUUCCUCGUUGAGGCGCUGAAGCGACUGGGAGAAUAUAUACACGUGACGGAGGAAAUGAUUCGACGGGUGAAGAACACGAGGGACGAAUACGACAAGUUGCUGCAAAUGGUGCAACGCCAGGCGCAAGUUGACGAAGUACGACUGAGUAGACUUCACGCUGAUUUAGCCAGCGCACAGAGCCGAAGCGUAUUGAUCUUUACGACCUUUACCGUCAUAUUUCUGCCGCUUCAGUUCUUUACGGGAAUAUUCGGUAUGAAUACGCGCGAAUGGGGAGGAGGCGACAAUUUGCCGCUGCGGACGAUUGCCGUGAUUGGCAUCCCAGCGAGUGUGAUUCUAAUCGUGGUGACUCUCAUCGUUGCGUGGAGUACCAACGCGCGACGCUUCUUCAAGUGGAUCGGGAGACAGUAUGGAGGAGCGAUUCGCUUCUUUUACGAGAUUUUUGGGAGACCCGUGGCGCAGUGGACGAUGAAGUACAUGGAUAGUUUGGCGGCGAGGAGGGAAGGGAAGCGCAGGCAAGGAGGGCCUGGGAGAGGGGAGGACAGAGCUCCAAAUGGUAGCUUGAGCACGGAGACGAGCGAUUUCUGGGAGAGGCAUCGGCUGGAGAGGGAGAGGGGGUAUCAGAUUCCGGAGAUGAAUAAGGCGCCGGUGAGUAGGAUCAAGGUAGGGGCGAAGUUGAGGAAGGUUCAAAGGGGAUGA